UGGAGAGUGUUUUGAUUAACAGUUGAUUUUGUUUAUAGUUUAAACUUUGUGUUAAAAGAAUUGUUCAAAUUUUUUCUGUGCCUGUGUUAGAGGGAGAACUCUUAUUGUGGAUACAAAUGUAAAUCACAAUCAAGGUUAUGAAAAGUAUUUACCAGUCAAUGAGAUGGUGUUACCUGAAACAUUGCCACAUCUGAGAUUUGCAAUGAGCCUUAGUAGGAGUCCCUACCAUGUUUGCCAGAGGUAGGACAUGUAUUCAACAGUAUGGAUACUGGAGACAGCGUACGAUCGUCAGAUAACAUCGGUGGAUCACUGAUUGGAAACGGUCUCACGUCGGACGUGCUACGAGCCAGAGCAAUUCAGUACUACAACUGCCAUCCUCAUGUACAGCGGCCAAGUUUUCACAACAAUGCCAUUCAUAAGAGUGGUAGCAUGACUCACAUUAAUGGGUAUGUAAAUGGAGCAAAGCCACCAAUAAAACACGAACAAAGUCAGUGCCACAUCGUGAGCCCUUCUAUAGCAAACCGUCCUCCACCGCCUAAGUAUCGAAACGACCGUCCACAACGCACGCACAGUGAGAGAUCGAACAAAUCACCAGGAGACAGUAAUCUGAAUCACAUGGUAACAAACAAUGGUAUUUCUCCUACUAAAGGUAGCCUUUAUAGGAGCAAUAGCAGUUUGGAUUUGGACCACAGUGCAGAAAUGUUAGAAGAUCGAUCGGGCAUUUUGAGACGUGAUUACGGCAGUGCAUCAUCACUAGAUAUCAUCAGUACAACUGGCGAAAGUUUCUUUGCAAUGUUGAGGGAAUUUAGGAGAGAGAACUUUGAUCAGAGGAGUCCUGGGCCAGCCAAAAUUCAAGAGUAUUUGAAAGGGAAAAUUGAUCCGACUCCGUCCACCCAGAAUGCCUCAAACACUUUGGCAAAUGGACCCGAUUCUCUUGAAGAAUCUCACAGUCCAAAAAUAAAAACUAAAUUCCAUAAGCUUUGGGACAUAAAAGAUCGGAACAAAAUGAAAAGUAAAAUGCUAAAUAGUGAACCAUCCAUUUUCAAAAAACUCAGGGGUAAUAAAACUGAUGUUUCAGACUGUUCUGGUAAAGGUUCUGAUAACUCUUUAGAUGCGGAAGCCCGAAUUGAAGACAAGUUAAGAAAGAAGGCUUUUGCACAUUAUGAUUGUCAAAGUGUUAUUGCAAAUCUUAGCUAUGCAUCCAGGCUUCGGAGCUUGCUGAGCAAAAGACGAAACACUACGACAGGUGCUUCUGCGGCAUCAAUGUUGAAUCGUACACCUGCCAGCAGCACUGAAAACUUGAACCCAGAGGAUUCUGAUCCUGGAGAUGGACGUAGCAGUGAACUACUUCUCAGCUGUCCAUUUUUUCGUAAUGAAUUGGGUGGGGAAGAAGAGAGGGUUAUCAGUUUGAACAGAAUGACUUGUAAAAAGCAGAAAGUUCCCGAUGACGCAUUUGGUGUGUCUCCGACACUUCAUAAACCAAAUAUGGCUUAUGGUGUGUCUGUGCUCGAAAGAGGUGCCACUUCUAGAUGGAGCCAAAUGUUUUGCCCAUACCAGAGACAGCCACUUCAAAUGGAAAAAACAGGCACUGGUGCCUUAUAUUACAGACAUUUUUUUCAUGGUCAAGAACAUCAAAAUUGGUUUGGAAUUGAUGAAAACCUUGGUCCAGUUGCAAUAAGCAUUAAAAGGGAGAAAGUAGAACACACUGACAACAAUGCCAAGAAUAGCAAUGGAGCUUUACCUCAUUAUCAGUAUAGAUUAAUAAUUCGUACAAGUGAGUUGCUAGUAAUGAGAGGCACCGUGCAAGAAGAAUCUGUUCCAACAAUAGCUCGGACAAGUCAACCCAGGGUUUGGCAUGUAAAAGAAGUGAUUGAGUAUGUUGCCCCUGAACUUCAUCUUCCAUGUCUUCGCUUAGCUGUUCCUGGUCCUCAAACUGAAGAGCAUUUAUUAAGGCUGGAUGAACAAGGGAUAACCAAAAAUUUCAAGGUUGGUGUAAUGUAUUGUAAGGCUGGUCAAGCUACUGAAGAAGAAAUGUAUAAUAAUGAAUUUCCUGGUCCUGCAUUUGAAGAGUUUCUAGACAUGCUUGGACAAAGAGUGCGCUUAAAAGGUUUUGAUAAGUAUCGUGGUGGUUUGGAUACCAAAACUGAUACUACUGGGCUUUACUCCAUCUUCAACACUCAUCAAGAUUGUGAGGUGAUGUUUCAUGUAUCCACCCUUCUGCCAUAUACUCCAAAUAAUAAACAACAAUUACUUCGGAAAAGACACAUAGGAAAUGAUAUUGUGACCAUUGUCUUCCAAGAACCUGAUGCUCUUCCAUUUACCCCCAAAAACAUCCGAUCUCAAUUUCAGCAUGUAUUUAUUGUAGUCAGGGUUGUCAAUCCUUGCUCUGAUAAUACUUGCUACAGGGUUGCCGUUAGCCGUUCCAAAGAAGUUGCACCAUUUGGACCACCUAUUCCAGAAAGUGCAACUUUUCCAAAAUCUAAAAAAUUUGCAGAUUUUUUGCUAGCAAAAGUGUUGAAUGCUGAAAAUGCCGCCCAUCGUUCAGAUAAAUUUGUUACAAUGGCUCAGCGGACUCGGCAGGAAUACUUGAAGGAGCUUGCCAGCAAUCAUUGUACAAAUACAAGCACUGACUCAGGGCCCAAGUUUUCAAUACUCUCAUUCGGAGGCAGGAAAAAGGAACGAAGCCGUCCUAGGUUUAUUCCAGACACUUACGUUUUAGGUGCAAUAUCAUGGCAAGUACAGGUAAUGCAAAUUCUGUAA